AUGUGUGCCACCAGGCUUGGUGGUUUCUCUGGCCAACACCCGUACAGUUUAACGGAGUUACCAAGGUCAAAAUCCAGCCAAGAUAAAGCAACCGAUCCUCGUGGACUUGGAGAGCGAUGGAGAGGAUUCUCUCCGAAUGACAUCGAAUCCAAAACCAUUCGUUUGAUACGUGCACCGGUGCCACGGGCGAAGGGAUUGCGGAUAACACAUCUUCCAGCUCGGGAGCCAAAUCGGAGCCUGGCACUCCCGCCAACCCUGGAAGGCGCGAUAGGGAAGAGCGCCGACUGGUGGGUCGGUGACGCUGGCUCGACGACGGUGACGAUGAGGUGCAUCAGGAAAACGAUGAUGAUGACCAUGUCACUAUGGGGCUGCGGAAGCGACGGAGACUCUCAGCGCAGCCCUCCUCCGGGGCCUGCUGUCUCUUCCAUAGCUUGCGCAGGAGAUCCUUCCCCGACUGCUGUGAUACGUGAUAGGGAGGUCGCGGAAUCCAACGAAGAGGCACGGUAA